CAGACAGCCGUGGAUGGCCCGAGUCCUGGAUUCACAGCUUUAAAAGCAGGAGCCCCAUUUGGAGUUUGGGAUAAUUCUUCCUGUGGCCCGGGAGGAGAGCCGAGAGGAAUAUAUCAGAGUUUCUGUGGGAGUUUUGGCUGGCUGGGGACUGAGGAGAGGGAGGUGAGCUGCAGUUCCGGGGGUCCAGAUGGCAGGCGUGAGGGGCCCGGCCUGCACUGGAGUCUGGCUCUAGAGUCCAACGGGGCUCCCGCUUCAACUGGACACAUUCCACAGGACGUGUGCCCAUGAGGUCGUCACCACUGGUCCUGCUCCUCCUGAUCGGCGUCCAGGCUGUACUGAACAUGGGAGGUGGAUUGGCCCGGAGCGCCGGGACCGCCAGCCACAAAGUCGGACAGCAUACAGCAGCCAAUCACAGAGCAGGACAGCAGCAGCCGGCGGCCAGGGACCACUUCUCUGAAGAGCACUCUUCACAGCACCAUCACAGGACCAACCACCACCGGAGCAAGAAGCCCCACCGGGCCGCCUCACACACACACGGCAGGAGCCCCGCCGUGGGCCGCUCCGCGGCGGACUCUGCCCCCGACCCCUCCGUCCCGGUGGUGUACCCCAAGCUCUUCUCCAAGAGGCGCUACCGCUCCUCGCCCCGGGUGGUCUUCAGCGAGGUGCCCCCGUCCCACGACGCCCUGGAGGACGAGGGCUAUGACACUGAGGGGGCGAGGGGGGUGAGGGUGAGGCGCCGGGCGGGCUCGCACACCAUGCACCGGGGGGAGUACUCGGUGUGCGACAGCAUAAACACCUGGGUGGGCAACCUGACCCGCGCCACAGACAUAGCUGGAAACGAGGUGACGGUGCUGCCCAACGUCACCAUCAACAACGUGGUGAAGAAACAGUUCUUCUACGAGACCACCUGCCGGUCCCCCACGCACAGGGGCCCCCCGGCGGCCGGCGCCGGGAAGCGCGGCGGGAAGCAGGGUUCCAAGGCGGGCAGCUCGGGCUGUCUCGGCAUCGACAGCCGCCACUGGAACUCCUACUGCACCAACACACACAUAUUUGUCAGCGCCCUGACCACCUUCAAGGAACGGACAGCCUGGCGCUUCAUCCGAAUCAACGCCGCGUGCGUGUGUGUCCUCAGCCGGAAGUCCUGGGCGGGAAGACUGGGGCACUGACUGAGGAGGAACACUCCUGACCACUGAACUAUGAACCGAGCGCGCACACACACACACACACACACACACACACACACACACACACACACACACACACACACACACCAGCCACUGCAGCUUGAUUGCCAAUACUGUAAUCCUUUCUCCCUCCACUCAACAUAUUCCCACACACUGACCACAGUAUUCACUCAACACACAGUCGGACACAAACACACACACACACACACACACACACACACACACACACACACACACACACACACAUACACACAGACACACACCAGCUUCACCUGUCCGACCCCUCGGCCCCUGACCCUACCUCAGUCAGAGAAGUCCUGGUUGUUUUAAGUUAUGAGGACUGCAUGUAAUAUUUAUGGUUUAUACAGUCAAAUAUGAAAAUAUAUACAGUAUGUGUAUAUAUACAAAAUGAAUUCAAGCUUUUAAUGUUGAUGUUGUUGUGUUGUUCAUGCUGUUAUUUAUUAAACACCUCAGU